GCCGGCGCAACGAGCACUGGAAAUCAUUCAUUUUUCUGUCUGUGACGAAGCAGCAGACUACAGUUUAGAUAUUAGACCGGAAUUUGUUAUCGAUCAACAAUGUUUCUUCAGUUUCUAAUUAAUCUUGGGCUCGUGUUAAUCGGCCUAGCGUCGGUCGCUUAUAUAUUAAUUCAUCGACAGUAUACUUAUUGGGAAAGAAAAGGCGUGACGUAUAUAAAGCCUGAGUCCUAUUUAGGCACUUAUGCUGAUGCCGUUAGCAAGAAGAAGCCCUUAGCUGAAGUGGUCAGCGAACUGUACGUCAAGUUUAAAGGAGAGAGUUUCGGUGGUGUUUGGGAACUCUUUUCGCCGAGAUUGUUCCUCGUCACGCCGGACAUGGUUAGAGACAUAAUGGUAAAGAAUUUCGACGCUUGGUCCAACCGUGGGUUGACCUCGAAUCCGGAGGUGGAUCCUCUCUCCCAGCACAUUGCCAUGCUCGAUGGUAAAAAGUGGAAGGUAGUGAGAACGAAGCUGACCCCCACCUUUACCUCGGCGAGACUGAAGCAGAUGCAUUAUCUUGUUUUGGAGUGCGCGAAGAACUUGGAGAAGUACCUUGAUACGGUGGUUCAGAAAAAUGAGCCCAUCGAGGCCAGGGAGGUUGGCGCCAAGUACACCACUGACGUAAUUGGCUCAUGUGUAUUUGGGAUCCAAAUGAAUUCGUUGAACGACGAGGACGCAGAAUUUCGUAAGAUGGGAAGGAAGAUGGGUAAUCAAGGUAACUACUGGGGUCGUUUCGUGCAUCUGCUUCAGGGCAGUUCUCCGUGGUUGUUCCACAAAUUGAAGCUUUCCCUGACACCACCGGACGUCGAAGAGUUCUUCCUUAGAAUCACGAGGGAAGCCUUUGAAUACCGACAGAAGAACAACGUGCUGAGGCACGACUUCAUAGACCUUCUGAGGAACCUCAAAAACACAGACCAAAAGCUGAGCGAGGAUGACGUAGUGUUUGAUGACAAACUCCUUGCCGCCCAAGCGUUCGUUUUCUUCGGAGCCGGUUUUGAGACUAGCGCCACGACCAUUGGAUACGUCAUGCACGAGCUGGCCGUUCACCAAGAUAUUCAAGACCGUCUUCGCAAGGAACUACGCGAGAUGAAAGCCGCCAAUAAUGAUGAAAUCAGCUUCGACGGUUUGCAGGGCAUGAAAUACUUGGACAUGGUGUUUCAAGAAACGUUAAGGAAACAUCCUAUCGUUCCGCAACUCGAACGAGUCUCAGUGAGGCCCUACGAACUCCCAGGAACAAACGUGGUAUUACCGGUAGGAUCAAAGUGCAUCAUACCCAUCUACGCCCUCCACCAUGACCCAGAAUUCUGGCCUAACCCAAGUAAAUUCGACCCAGAAAGAUUCAGCGAGGAAGGCAGGGCUCAACAGACUCCCUACACGUUCAUGCCCUUCAGUACCGGACCCAGAACUUGCAUAGGCUCAAGGUUUGCCGAGCAACAAUCGAAAGUCGGAAUCCUCACGAUCAUUGACAAGUUCAGGGUUAUUCUGUGCGAAAAGUCGCAAAAUCCACUCAAGUACAAAAAUGGUGCCGGAGUAUUUCUCGUCCCAGAAGGCGGAUUUUGGAUCAAGAUGACUCCCCUUGGUGCAAACGACAAGUGACAUCCUCAGCCGUUGAACUGCUCUGUAUAAUAGAGAGUAAAGUUCUAGGUCACCGAAUAAGAUUCGUUGUAAAUGUUUUACACUGUACUGAAAUUGUGAGCCUGCGACGAGCCCACAAAGACUGCGUUCUUGGUUUAAUAACCUUCAUAAAUGUCGGUA